GAUUAACGUUACUUUUUUAAGAAGACAGUUUUGAAAAUGUUUCUGGCGCUCAAAGACAUCGCAUAUGUUGAUUAAAACUUUAUAGUUAGUUUCCGUAUUUUUUGUAUUAUGUUUUAUUUUAUUUACGGAUGACUGUCCUGCCUUUUAAGGUAUAAGAUGCUUGAAAAAUAUCAUUUUAUAUGGAUUUUGUUCAUUGUCAACUUAUAUAGGGUAUCUUUGCAAGAAUGCAUGGACAAGAACUCAAAUUGCUUGAAUAUGAAGAAAAAAGGGUGGUGCGACUACAGAAAAGAUUUUGCGAAAAUAAACUGCAAGAAGACAUGCGGAUUUUGCGUUGAAGUUCUUUCUUUGUCAUCGGAAGUUGAUUCACACAAAACCGAAGGAGCGAUUGUUUCACAAACAAGUAUUGAUUCAAAUGUUGGCUCAAAAGCUCAAGACUGUAAGAAUGUUUACGAUUACAAAAAGUGUUCGUACUUCAAACAUAUGGGAUGGUGCGAACGCAACGUACUUAUUAAAGUAAACUGUAAAAAAUCAUGUGAUUGUGAAUCCAAAUUGUUUGAAAGUUCUUGCGAUAACUCAAAACACGGGUGUUGUAACGAUAAAAAAACUGUAAAGACUAAUGAAUUAGGAAGUGAAUGCCCAGAGACAUGUAAAGAUGAUGCAGCUUACGCAGUAAUUUGCAAAAGAUUUUCAGCUGAGUGUAAUGGUCAACCUGGUGCUCUCACAACUUCUGUAAAACGUUAUUGCCAUAAAACGUGCAAUCUGUGUUAACAUUUAUAAAUUAUAUAUGUAUGUAUGUAUGUAUGUAUGUAUGUAUGUAUGUAUGUAUGUAUGUAUGUAUGUAUGUAUGUAUGUAUGUAUGUAUGUAUGUAUGUAUGUAUGUAUGU